GAAUAUAAUUAGAUUUACAUUAAAAAAAACAAAACAAACUUACAAUGCCAAGCGGUGGCUGAUGCAGCGUGCAGAAGGGCGGUGGGCGUCUAGUGUCUGGUGGACGUGGUGGUCGCCUGAGAGCGUGAGGGAGGAAGGCUUGCUGGGAGGGUGUCGGCCGAGAGUCUCUGAGAGCAGAGAGAGUGAGGGAGUUACGGAACUUAGGGUUACUGAGGCAUGAGGGUUAGAGAUGAAAAGUCAGGGAUGGGUUGUUUUGAUUUUUGAAAAAAAAAAAUCACAAUUUCCCGGGUUUCAGGUCCGGACCUGAAAACCCCGGUUUUGGACCUGAUCCGGACCGGAACCGGAAACCUUGAUUUUCAAGGACCAGGAGCGGACCUGAAUCUACAGGUCCGGAUCAGGUCCGGUCCCAACAGGUCCGGUUCAGGCCGGUUUUCAGGUCCGGUCCUUUUUAUAUUCACCCCUACUUAAGGCCAUCAGCAUUCUGCCCUCCCUACCCUCCCUAAGAAAACUUUGUCGGCCAAACCAAAAAAAAAAAAAAAGUAAAGAAAGAGCAAAUUCAUGCAAAUCAACCGCGCUAAAUCAAAGAAAUCAAACCCAAAUCUUGUGUCACUUAGUUCAGUGAAGAUGCGGAACGGCAGAGUUUCAUCCAAGAAAUCAUCUUUGUUAACUCGCACUCUCUAUAUAAUUCUUCUUUUUGCUAUUUCAAUCUUCUUCUUUCUCCUAUAUUCUAAGGAUGUUUUAGAAGAUGAACAAAACCCACUUUUUAAUAAUGAUUUUCAGUCUAUUUCUAACCCUCAUCAUCAAUCUGAGCAGAUAAGGAGUCCUGUGCACUAUGUUGAUGAGCAUUUACCAGCUCGGACUUUCAGCCGUGACCUGCGCCCUUGUGUCAAGCCUACUGCUAGAUACCAAGUUGCUCAGGAAUCUAACAGAUAUUUGACUGUAAAAAGCAAUGGAGGGCUAAAUCAAAUGCGUACUGGUAUUGCUGAUAUGGUGGCUGUGGCACGCAUUAUGAAUGCAACCCUGGUGAUUCCCACUCUGGAUAAACGUUCAUUUUGGCAGGAUUCAAGUGUAUUUGGGGACAUAUUUGAUGAGCUCUAUUUCAUGAGAAGCUUGCAUCAGGAUGUGAGAAUUGUGAAGGAACUUCCUAAACAGCUGGAAUCUGCUCCUCGAGCCCGCAAACACUUUGGUUCCUGGUCAGGGAUGAGCUAUUAUGAGAAUAUGACACAUUUGUGGAGGGAAUAUCAGGUGAUUCAUGUUGCAAAAUCAGAUUCUCGGCUUGCAAAUAAUGAUCUGCCUCUUGACAUUCAAAGGCUCCGAUGCCGUGCUCUAUACCAUGCUUUACAUUUCUCUCCCCCUAUUGAACAUUUGGGCAAGAGGCUUGUGGAGCGGCUAAGGUCACGUGAGGGUCAGUACAUUGCUCUUCAUCUUAGAUAUGAGAAGGACAUGCUUGCUUUUACUGGGUGUACCUAUGGUCUUUCUGAUGCAGAAUCUGAGGAGUUGAGGAAUAUGAGGGAGAACACACACCACUGGAAAGUAAAGAAAAUAAACUCCACAGAGCAGAGGAAUGCAGGCCUUUGUCCACUUACACCCAGAGAGGUUGGGAUCUUUAUUAAGGCUCUUGGUUAUCCUCCGUCAACGUUAAUUUAUAUUGCUGCCGGAGAGAUUUAUGGAGGUGCUAAGCGAUUGGCUGAGCUGACUUUGCGAUUUCCUAAUGUGAUUUUUAAAGAAAUGCUGGCUACCCAAGAUGAAUUAGGAGCUUUUUCCCAUCAUGCUACUCAAGCUGCUGCUAUUGAUUAUAUCAUUUCUGUGGAGAGCGAUGUGUUCAUUUCUUCUCAUUCAGGGAACAUGGCAAGAGCAGUUGAGGGUCAUAGGCGGUUCCUGGAGCACAGAAAGACAAUUACGCCUGACAGGAAGGGUCUAAUUGAAGUAUUCGAUAAGUUGGAUUCUGGAAAACUACAGGAAGGGCCAUCCGUAUCCAAUAUUGUCAAAAGGAUGCACAGGAAUAGGCAAGGGGCUCCAAGGAAAAGGAGUGUCCCUCCACCAGGAAUUAAGGGCAGAGCACGAUUCCGGUUUGAAGAAUCAUUUUAUCAGAAUCCGUACCCAGAAUGCAUAUGCAAGUCAUAGGAUCAUUUGCUGCAACUUUAACAUGAAUUCUUUUUUGUGAAUCUGCUGAUGGUUUUAUGACUCCAGAGUAUUUUUUUGGGCAUGGCUUCACCUUAUGUCCUUGUCACGAAUGUGCAAAAAUGAGCUAGGAUAUAUGUUACUUUCCCUUUGUUGUAAAAAUAUAUAUCUACAAUUUUGUUAUCAUUUUUUUUGGUAAUUCUUUUUGUUUCAUUACAUCAUUUAGAGGAUUAGGGCUCUAAAUUGGGUUAAUGUUGUACAUUUUACAUUCUGAUUGCGGCAUCAUCAGCUACUAAAUUAGCUUCUCGAGCUUUUUAUUCGUUA